AUGAAGAACCCAGAAGCCCAGCAGGAUGUUUCAGUUUCCCAGGGAUUUCGCAUGUUGUUUUACACGAUGAAACCCAACGAAACUUCAUUCCAAACAUUAGAAGAGGUGCCUGAUUAUGUAAAAAAGGCAACUCCAUUUUUCAUUUUCUUGAUGCUGCUCGAACUUGUUGUCAGCUGGAUUCUCAAAGGAAAGCCACCAGGUCGCCUGGAUGAUGCUUUAACGUCAAUCUCAGCUGGUGUUCUGUCUCGACUUCCAAGUCUAUUUUUCAGGAGCAUUGAACUGACCAGUUAUAUUUAUAUCUGGGAGAACUACAGGCUGUUCAAUUUUCCUUGGGAUUCUCCAUGGACUUGGUAUUUAACCUUCUCAGGAGUUGACUUUGGCUACUACUGGUUCCAUCGUAUGGCCCAUGAAGUUAAUAUUAUGUGGGCUGGACACCAAACACAUCACAGUUCUGAAGACUAUAACUUAUCCACAGCACUGAGACAGUCUGUCCUCCAGAUAUAUACUUCCUGGAUUUUCUACUCUCCCCUGGCCCUCUUCAUACCCCCUUCAGUAUAUGCUGUUCAUCUUCAGUUCAAUCUCCUUUACCAAUUUUGGAUCCAUACAGAGGUCAUCAAUAACCUUGGUCCUUUGGAACUGAUUCUUAAUACUCCUAGCCAUCAUAGGGUUCAUCAUGGCAGAAAUCGUUAUUGCAUAGACAAAAAUUAUGCUGGUGUUCUUAUUAUUUGGGAUAGAAUUUUUGGGACAUUUGAAGCAGAAAAUGAAAAAAUUGUAUAUGGCUUAACACAUCCCAUUAAUACAUUUGAACCAAUCAAAGUGCAGUUCCAUCACUUAUUUUCCAUAUGGACUACAUUCUGGGCCACACCUGGAUUCUUCAAUAAGUUUUCUGUCAUAUUUAAAGGACCAGGAUGGGGUCCAGGUAAACCAAGACUUGGUCUAAGUGAAGAAAUUCCAGAGGUCACUGGCAAAGAAGUUCCCUUCUCAUCAUCUUCAUCUCAGCUAUUAAAGAUAUAUACAGUUGUACAGUUUGCUCUGAUGUUAGCAUUUUAUGAAGAGACCUUUGCAGAUACAGCUGCACUGUCGCAAGUUACUCUCCUUCUGAGGGUUUGCUUCAUUAUCCUGACCUUGACUUCCAUUGGAUUUCUUCUGGAUCAAAGGCCCAAGGCAGCUAUUAUGGAAACUCUCCGUUGCUUGAUGUUCUUAAUGCUGUACAGAUUUGGUCACCUGAAGCCUCUUGUCCCUUCCUUGUCAUCUGCUUUUGAGAUUGUUUUUUCCAUUUGCAUUGCUUUCUGGGGAGUUAGAAGCAUGAAACAACUCACCUCUCGCCCUUGGAAAUAA